AUGGAGCAUUCGGCCAUUCCCGAAGAACAUCUCCCAGCAGAUUUGAACCAGAUAGAACGAAAUGUCUCUAGUCAGAUGGAGAGAGACAGGCCUUUACAACACCAGAUCGUCGGUUUUGAAGGGCCAGCCGAUCCUCUUCAUCCACACAACUGGAGCCUUGCCCGACGGGUCUGGGUUACCUUCACAUUGGCGCUCUUCAACCUGAUCGUCACCAUCUCCAGCAGUAUCUUCGGCACUGCCCAGAAUGAAGUCUCCAAAGAAUUCAAUGUUAGCCGUGAGCUGACAGUCCUUGGAACGUCUUUGUUUCUGGUGGGUUAUAUUAUAGGUCCUUUGAUCUUUGGCCCUGUCUCGGAAAGGUUCGGUCGUAAAUAUCCGCUAAUCGCAGGCGUCGCUCUAUCCUCACUCUUUGGUCUAAUGCCGGCACUCGGUCAAAACCUUGCUACUAUAAUCAUCGGUCGUUUCUUUGCUGGCUUGUUUGGGGUCGCUCCAAUUGCUAUUCUUGGGGGUGUGAUUACCGAUUGUUGGAAUCCUGUUCAUCGUGGUGUUGCGCUUGCUUUCUGCAUCUGCCUGGUAUUCUCUGGACCUACGUUCGGCCCAGUUAUUGGGGGCUUUAUUGUGGCGAGUUCGCUGGGCUGGAGAUGGACAAUGUGGGUUGUUGUUAUUGUCGGGCUCGCAACGUCGCUGCUUUCGCUGAUCACAUAUCCGGAGACCUAUGGCCCGAGAGUACUUCAGGUUAAAGCGAGGCGAAUGCGUAAAAAUACGGGCGAUCUGAGUAUCCAUGCACCGUUAGAUGUGGAAGAAACCUCCUUGAAGCACCUGGCUCAGACAUAUCUUAUCCGGCCUUGGGUUCUUUUCUUCAACGAGCCUAUCCUCAUCCUUCUCACAAUCUACCAGUCAUUCAUAUACGGACUCAUGUACCUCUUCUAUCAGUCUUACCCAAUUACCUUUGGAGAAGUCCGAGGCUGGAACCCCCAACUGUCCACACUCCCUCUCCUCGGUAUCAUCAUUGGGGUAUUGAUAGGCACUGUGGUGGUAGUAAUCUACACACAGACAUACUUUAGAUGGAAAGUCGAGGCAAACAAUGGACACUUCGAGCCCGAGGAUCGUCUCCCACUCAUGAUUUUCGGCGGACUUCUUGUUCCUGCCGGUCUUUUUUGGUAUGGCUGGACAUCUGAUCCCGCAAUCGCAUGGCCAAGCGAGGUUUCUACCGGAAUACUGAUAGGCUGGGGCAUGUAUACCAUCUUUAUCCAGUGCUUCACCUAUAUUAUCGACUGUUACACGGGCAUUUCGAACAGCGCGAUGGCCGCCAACGGGGCCGUUCGGAGUAUCUUCGGCGCUGUCUUCCCUUUGUUUGCUACUUAUCUGUACCACGGACUCGGUACAGACUGGGCCACGAGCUUGAUUGCUUUCCUCAGCUUGGCCAUGACUCCUGUACCAGCAGUUUUCUAUUACUAUGGCGCUCGCAUUCGAGCACGAUCGAAGAUGGUAUAG